UCCUGGCCCUCUCUCAUGAGGAAGCUCUCUCCUUCAUCUGACUUCUCUGGAUCAUUAGAACCAGAGCUCAAAGUGUCACUGUUUGAUCAACCCUUGUCAAUCAUCUGUGGAGAGAAUGACACACUCCCCAAACCCAUCCAGGACAUCCUCGCCAUCCUCUGCCUUAAAGGCCCCUCAACUGAAGGGAUAUUCAGGAAAGCUGCCAGUGAGAAAGCCCGCAAGGAGCUGAAGGAGGAACUUAACUGUGGGAGCCCCGUGAACCUGAACCAGCUCCCAGUACACCUCCUGGCUGUGGUCUUCAAGGACUUCCUCCGAGGAAUCCCCCUGAAGCUGCUGUCCUGUGACCUCUUUGAGGAGUGGAUGGACGCCCUGGAGAAGCCAAGUGAGGAGGACAGAAUCGAGGCCCUAAAGCAGGUUGCAGACUGCCUCCCCCGGCCCAACCUUCUACUGCUCAGGCACUUGGUCUAUGUGCUGCACCUGAUCAGCAAGAAUGCCGAGGUCAACAAGAUGGACUCUAGCAACCUAGCCAUCUGCAUCGGGCCCAACGUGCUCACUCUGAAGAAUGACCAGAGCCUGUCAUUCCAGGUCCAGAAGGACCUGAACAGUAAGGUUAAGACAUUGGUGGAAUUCCUCAUUGACAACUGCUUUGAAAUAUUUGGGGAGAACAUUCCCACACAUUCCCGUAUCACUUCUGACGACUCCCUGGAACACACUGACAGUUCAGAUGUGUCAACUCUGCAGAAUGACUCAGCUUAUGACAGCAAUGACCCGGAUGUGGAGCCCACAAGCGCCAUCACUUCUCCCAGCAGGCAGCUGGAGGGGCCCACUGCCACAGUGACUGGCCCAGAUAACCGGGCUUCACAGGACACCUGUGAGUCAAAUUCAGAACCUGCUGAUAGCAUGGUAGCCAGGUUGAAAAGCUCCAUUGGCCAGCCAGACAGACGGUUCUCUGAACCCAACAUGUCACCCUCGCAAGAGUGCCUCAUGGACCAAAUGACGAAACAAAAGCUAACCAAGAGCGAGGAUAACUUCACCAUGCCCCAGGAAGUCUCUUGUUUUGAGGGUCCUGAGGCUGAAGAUCCAUUUACAGAGGAAGUCUUCCCAGCAGUUGAAGGCAAGCCCAAGAGACCAGUGGAUUUAAAGAUAAAGAACUUGACCCACGGUUUAGCAUCACCACAGGGAUGGGUACCCAAAACUUUGUCCAGAGUCUCCUCAGGUAAAUCUUUGGACAGCUCACCCAUACCUUCUCCUUCCUUUCCCAAAAGAAGCUUCUUCACUAGGCACCAGAGUUUCACCACAAAGACAGACAAGAUCAAACCACAAAGAGAAAUUAGAAAGCACUCCAUGUCGUUUUCCUUCACCUCUCACAAAAAAGUGCUGCCCCGGACCUCCAGCACUGGGUCUGAGAAAUCCAAAGACUUUUCUAGAGACCAAAUCAAGAAGGGUUUGAGGAAAGACAGCCAGCUUGCUGGCAGAAUCAUCCAGGAAAAUGAGUCAGAAAUCCAAAACUUCAGCUUGUCUAGAACCUGGGCCCUCUCGGUUGACAAUGUGUUCCAGCUAAUUGAUGUGAGGAAGCCAGGAAGCCCACCAUCCUACGAAGAGGCCAUUCAUUACCAGGCAUCUGGAUUCACAGCCUACAGUGGCCAGACGGUCAGCAGUAUGAGAGCAAGAAUGCUCAAAUGGAACACGGCUCUGCCUCCUCUGCCUUCUCGCCUUGGAGGUGACCACAGUGAAGGGACACCCGGUGGACACAGACUGUCUCCCCUGACUGAGUGCUGGAAACAGAGUCAGACUGUCAGUGUCUCUGUGGAAACUCAGGGGAGAUCUGAGCAGCACGGAUUGAGGAUGGUGUCUGAAACGAUGCAGAAGGCUAAGUUAGACUGUCUCAGGCGACAACACAGCCACAUGGUCUUUGAGGUCGACCAACUACAGGGUGCUAAAGAAUCCUACAUUUAGGAAAGGAGACCUUGUACCAUGGCUAACUUAUGUGAAUAUAUGACUGGACAGAGAACUGCCUGUCGAUUCUACUUUCCAAAGAGUCAUGAAUAAGCUCAUUCAGGAUGUUGUGUAGAGCUCUCCUCUGUGAGGAUGGCUUACACAGCAACACACCGCAUUGUGUGUGUGUGUGUGU